GUUGCAGAUUUAGUUUUAUUUUGCAAAUGCUUCAUAAUGAGUACAAGUCAAGAUGCCGGAGAAAUUCGGCGCUUGGAUGAAACAGUUGUAAAUCGCAUAGCAGCUGGAGAAGUUGUUCAGAGGCCUGCCAAUGCACUCAAGGAGUUGCUAGAGAACUGCUUGGAUGCCAAAAGCACACAAAUCUCAGUCAUAGUGAAACAAGGAGGGCUUAAAAUCCUCCAGAUCCAGGACAAUGGCACAGGUAUCCGCAGGAGUGACCUCGGGAUUGUUUGUGAACGUUUCACCACCAGCAAACUACGCGAAUUCAAUGACCUGAAACAGAUCAGCACUUAUGGCUUCAGGGGUGAGGCACUCGCUUCCAUCAGUCACGUCGCCCAUCUCACCAUCUUGACUAAAACCAAGGAUGAUCAAUGUGCUUGGAAAUGCACAUACUUGGAUGGCAAGCCUAAAGCUCCACCGAAGCCCUGUGCUGGCAACCAAGGCACGCAGAUCACUGUAGAGGACCUCUUCUAUAACAUCUCCAUCAGGAGGAAAGCUCUUCGCAGCCCGGCUGAGGAACACGCUCGUAUUGCUGAGGUAGUGAGCCGAUAUGCCGUCCACAACGCAACCGUGGGCUUCAGUUUGAAGAAGCAAGGAGAAAACUCCGUGGACCUCCGCACGCCUCCCAACUCCACGCCAGAGGAGAAUAUACGCAUUGUUUUCGGCAGCGCCAUUGCAAAUGAACUUUUGCCAAUAUCGUUUUCUGAUGAGCGGCUGCAAGUGAAAUGCUCAGGCCUCGUUACGAACGCAAACUACUCCUGCAAGCGGUGCGUCAUGCUGCUCUUUAUUAACCACAGGCUUGUAGACUCCGUAGGUAUACGUAAAGGCAUAGAAGGCGUAUAUGCAGCUUACCUGCCCAAGCAGACACAUCCUUUUAUUUAUCUCAGCCUGGAAAUAGCUCCCCAGAACGUUGAUGUCAAUGUACAUCCUACCAAACAUGAGGUGUGCUUCUUGCAUGAAGAGGCCAUUAUUGAAGCUGUGUCUAAAGCUGUCGAUGAGAAGCUGCUUGGUGCUAACCAGUCCAGAACAUUUUACACUCAGUCUCUGCUGCCGGACGCCGCUGGCCUGGCAGGGGGCGGCGCUAAAAAGUCCCUCACUGAAGCCCGCCCCAAAGACGACGGGGGUCGCGUCUAUGACCACAGCCUCGUGCGCACCAACGCAAAGGACCAGAAGCUCACCAAGUUCCUGUGCAGGAACGACAACGAUGACUCGGACGCUGCCAAGCUGCAGGCUACAGCUUCUGCCGCGACAGCGUCUUCAUCGCCAACACCUGAGUCGUCCACUCGUCGCGUGCUGCGCCUCACAAGUGUCAGCAAUCUGCUGAAGGAGGUCAAUACUCGCUGCCACGAGGGUAUCCGAGAUAUCCUGCGCAACCAUACCUUUGUUGGUUGUGUUGAUAACCACCUGGCUCUUAUACAACACCACACCAGUCUCUAUCUCACACGCACCCAGCAUUUGUGCGAGCAGAUGUUCUACCAGAUUCUUCUAAACGACUUCGGAAAUUUCGGCGUGUUGAAAUUUUCGUCGGCGGCGAGUCUGAGCGAGCUGGCCGUGCUUGCUCUAGACCAGCCUGAGAGUGGCUGGUGCGAGGCCGACGGCUCUAAAGAAUCUCUGGGUGACUACAUUAAAAAGUUCCUCUGCUCCAAAGCUGCCAUGUUGGAGGAUUACUUCAGCAUCACCAUAGACGAACACGGCAACCUGUGCUCCAUUCCCUACCUUAUAGAUGAUUUUGUGCCUACUAUGACGGGCCUGCCUAUGCUGGUGGUGCGUCUGACGACGGAGGUGAACUGGGACACGGAAGAGGAUUGUUUCAGGAGCAUCUGCCAGGAGCUGGCUCGCUUCUACGCCAGCCCGCCCCGUCCGGAGCACCAGGACUCACAGGAGGAGGAAUCGGGAGCGCAGUCGAAGUGGUGCUGGAUGACGGAGGAGCUGUUGUACCCCGCGCUGCGUCAGCACCUCUUACCGCCCCAGCAUCUCGCCCACGACACUUCCAUUCUCAACAUCGCCGACCUACACAACCUCUACAAAGUCUUCGAGCGCUGCUAAUUAUAACUAGCUUUGUAUUAUACAAACUACAUUAUUAUCAGCCUCACUGACAUUUAUUGAUAAAAUUUUCUGUUAAGCGUCGUACUUUCCUGGGUGUAAAUAUUUGCUAUUGAAUCUCUGAAACUCGUAGGUAAAGUUUAGUCUAAUUUUAGUUAGUAUUCACUUGGCUGAGGCACGUAGGCAAUUUUCCGUCUCUCUCUAUCCUUUAUUUUCAGAUCAUUUUUCAGCAAACUGUGAUAUUCUGUACGGGAUUAUUGUUAAUGCAACUCUGAGUUGAAAAUGGAUUAUAGAUCAUUUUAUAUAGUCAUUUGUUUCUUCUUAGUGGAUGAGGGUGGCAUUUUCUAUUUUUCUUCUAUCACUAGAUUAAAAAAAAGCAGGAUCUUACGUCCAGUUACUCAGAAUUUCUAUCGUAUUGUUAAUUCAAGGUUAAUAUCAAUGGAUUGCGGACCUCCUCUUGCAAGUACCCUACACAUUUGUUAUUUUACUUGUUUGUUUCACCUUUGAGUCAGAGAGGGAAUAGGAUUUUGCAAUGAAAUCAUGUUUCUUAACUUGUGGUGAACGAUUUAUUUUCUAGUUUUCCUUCUUACGAUAUGGCACUUCUUUGCUUCUUUAUUUGUGUCAUUCGACAAAAAAAUGAAAUAGGAUAAAUCAUA